GACAUCCCGUACAACCAGUUGGUGAUCGAACAUGUCGCUGGCGACUUAUUGAAGGAGCCCCGUCGCAACGAAGAAGCGGGCUACAACGAGUCGGUCCUUGGCACCGGGUUUUGGCAUCUGGGAGAUUGGGUUCACUCGCCGGUCGAUAUCCGCAAGGACGAAACCGACCGCUUCGACAACAUGCUCGAUGUGAUGAACAAAGCGUUUCUCGGGCUGACAGUCACAUGUGCUCGUUGUCACGAUCAUAAGUUCGACGCCAUUUCUCAGGCCGACUACUAUGCCCAAAUGGGUUUCCUGCAAAGCUCUGCCUAUCGCCAGAUUCGCUUUGAAACGGCCGAGCACAAUCAGCAAAUCGCUCAGGCUCUCGAGUCGCUUCGCGAAGAGUUCCAAAACAAAGCAGUACAAGCCUAUCAGCAAAGUAUCGACCAAGCCGCUGAGCGCUGGACGAAAGAACUGCAAACGCCUGAGUCGGCUUGGAAUGUCGAACUCGCGAAAGCAGUUCAGGACGGAAAACAUCCGCUCCACUUCUGGGCCAAGUAUCUUGCUGCCUCUGCCGAACAACAGCCAAGUGUUUUGGCCGCAGCCAAGAACGUAAUGGACAAGCAGCAAGCCGACGCCGCUGCUUACCGGGGGCAGAUCGUUCACGACUUUGCCCGACUUGUCCCCAAUCAGUGGCGAACCGACGGCGUCGCCUUCGGUAGCCAGCCACGUGCCGCCGGCGAAUUUGUCUGGGAUGUAUCAUCACCUCCAUCACUGCGAGGCGUUCGUACCGACGGCGCGGCCGUUUAUGACACGCGUUGGAGCGGACUGAAAAUCGCGAAGGGUGUUCAGGAUGACUUCGGUAAGACACGAAAUUGGAAUCGCGCCGGGCGAACGCUGAAGACACGCACUUUCGAUUUAAGUGAUGGCCGGAUUCAUUACCUCGUCAAAGGUAGCGGCAGGGCUUUUGCGGUGGUCGACUCUCAUCGUCUCGUGCAAGGCCCGCUGCAUGGAGCGACCGUGAAGGAAUGGAAGUCGAACGACGCAGGUCAGAUUCGUUGGAUCACGCACGACCUUCGCGACUAUCAAGGGCACGCCGUCCAUGUCGAGCUGACGCCGAUCGAUAACCAGCCGAUGGAAAUCUUGCAGAUU